AUGACGGAGAAGCGGGGAAUGGCCGACCUGGUGGAGACUGGAGACUCCCGUGAACCCGCGAGAGAAAUCCAUCUCGACCCGGUCUCCACUCAGCCACCGUCAACCACCCGACGCAGCUCUCCUCCAUUUUGCGCUGAACACGACCGCCCUCAAUCUAACCGCUUCUCCACGAGACACGAGCGAAUCUUCUCCAGCCGAACCGAUUCACGCGCCUUCUCUUUCGACCCUGUGCGAUCAAGGGCAGGAUUCUCCCACGCGUUCCUCGAGCUGCCCCUCCCUCCACCGCAGCUUGAUGGAGUGGAGGCGCCAUGGAUUCUACGAGUUCAGGAUCGCCGACGGCCAGUCCGACCGGCGCCAUCCGCACACGCAACAAGACCUCCGGAACGAUUGCAAAGCGCGCUUGUGAUCAGUGCAAGUUUCGCAAGAUCAAGUGCCUGCACCUCGCUGCUCGCCUCGAACAGUCGCGUGUCACAGAUCCGCCAACAACAGACCCACGUGAUAUCACGAAACUCCCAAGAACCCGCGAUACCCAAGCCAGAACCCUUUCAAUAUCAUGGGCCAAUAUCGGGUGUGGAACCGAGCCAGUCUGCCGGCUCGAUGCCUGGCGCAUCCUGGAGACCGACGCAGCCUCAGGUGACCACCAUGCCGAUGGACAGUCCAACCGGCCUGGUAGCUUCGAACCCUCCGCCCAACAUGGCGGAGGCUUGGGCGGGUGAAACCGCUUCCCUCGACUCAUCCGGGACCAGUGUGGGCUGGAAUGAGCGUCCAGAUGUCGAAUAUUGGUUGCCCGACAAUCUCGGCGCGCAGGUCCCCGUCUUUGAAUUCCCCGGCAGCAACAUUUAUUUGAAACCUUCACUUCCGUCCAUCAUCCAACCCGUGCCCGAUGUCUCCGCGAUGAACAUGCCCUCGGCAGGCCCCCAGGGAAUUCCUUACUCCCCCGCUAUGGGAUCCAUACAAUCAUCGAGCAGCCAGGAGCCGGAAGGGUUCUGGCCGAACUCGAUCAAUGAGGCAAACAUGAUUCCCUGGCUGGACGUAUACUUUGACCGACUCCAUCCGACGGUCCCGGUACUAAGUCGCUCGUCCUUGUACACGCGGAUGAUGCUGCAGGAGCACCGAAAGAAUACUCAAUUUGGCGCCAUGCUGCUGUCAUUAUGUGCUUUCUCUCUCACACAACCGAUAGAAAUCAACGAGCGCGCAACCACAUCCUCACGCGCCACACAGGCUCGAUCAAUGAUGAACGAGGCCACCAAGAUGCGAAGUUCGUGUGACUUUGGAGAGAAUCCUACAAUUGAGGCAGUUCUUACAAGCUUUUUUUUGUUUGGCUGCUUGUUUGGCAGUAACCAACACAAUGCAGCUUGGUUGCGACUGCGGGAAGCUCUCGAUCUGGCAUCCACGUUGGGAUUGAAUGACCCGGAAUCGUACCGGGAUCUGACGGGGGACGAGAAGGGGCAGCGGCUACGGACAUAUCUCGUUCUGUCGAUCACGGAGAGGGCAUAUGCAUUGCAACGACUUCACCCUGUAACGUUUUCGGGGAAACCUGGAUUCAGCAUGCGUUCCGUCCACGACUUCCUGCACAAUGCCACGCACAGCCUCGUCUCAGGUAUCAUUGUGCACAACGAAAAAGACGCCGAAGGCAUGAUGGGCCUCGCCCGUUUGAUGGAGAUCUUCGACGUCAUCGAUGAGGAUUUCAUCUGGUGCUGGAACCGGCGUUGUGAUCUCAGCAAUGGCUAUUGUACGCGAUUCACCGAGGCGAAAGCGCUAAACAUGUACGAUAGUCUGGAGCGCGUCAGUCAAGCGGAGCGAUACAAGGGGUACGACUGGUUCGAGAGAGCCAAAGGUGAUUCGAAUGACUCAAAUGCGCUUCUCCCGAUUGGACUCCGCGAGACGCAGGCCGCAGAUGUUUUUCUCACGCAGAAAUGGGUCCAGAACCGCGUCUGGCUAUCAUGUUUGCAUCACGGGCUUUUGCGGACGCAGUCAGAACGGCCGGAAUUAACGUUUCGCUUUGCGGUGACGAUUGCCGAGUCGACGAUUCAGUUGUGUCGUUCCCUGAGGUUGAGUUCGAUGGAGGCACAUGGGAUCGGAUUUACUGAAAAGUUAUACGACAUCGCCGUGGGCGCCACGGACAUCCUUUGCAACAUCAACCCACCCUUUGGAACGGGAAUUACUUCGCUGGGCAAUUUCUCCGACUCAAUACCUCCGACUUCCACGCCACAGACCAUGGCCGAAGAUUUUCUUCUCUUGUUGACCAGUUUCCGCGGUGGGAAUCAUCCGUUUGUGGAAAAGUUCAAGGCUCAUUUGCGGGCGCUGCAGAUUCCUGGGAAUUGGGCGUCGGGUCAAAUUUCCGGGCCGGGCUGA